AUGGCGGAUAAGCUGCGAGGGGCGUUCGCGAACGCGAAGAAUCGCGUGCAGACGGCGGUGCAGAAUCAGCGCGAGCGACGAACGGGGUCGGACGACGCGACGACGGUGCGCGCGAGCGAGGACGUUCGAGCGCUCCGGGAACAGUUGCGUGAGGCGCUGGAGCAUGGCCAGGCGCUGGAGCGCGCGCAGGCGGCGCUGAACGGGGAGAUGCGGAGACAGGCGAAUGCGAACGCCGAGCUGAAGAAGGCGGCGGAGGCGGCGCAAGGCGAAAAGGAGGAGAUACGGCAGCGAGCGGCGACCGUUUGGAGCCAGAUGACGGCGCAAAUAGAGGAACUAAAGGCCGAGCUUUCGCGGGCGCGGGCGAGGACGGAGGGUAAGGGAGGUGACGUGGACGAGGAGGCGUUGGAUGAGUUGGAGCAAAAGGCACACACCGAGGCGCGAGCGAUAAAAAAAGUGCUCCUGGAAGAAAGAGAGAAGUUCGAAAUGGAAAAGCAAACGCUCAAGGAGCGAAUUUCAGAGUUGGAGACACUUCUAGCGAGCUCGAGGGAGGGAGCGGCGCGCUCUGGUGAAUCAAGCAAGGAGACCGCCGCGAUGCACGAGGACGCUCGCGAGGCUCGAGCUCGAGUGGCACAGCUCGAAUCCUCCAUCGAAGGCGUCAAGUCAGAAUCGGAAGCGAAGGUCAAAGAACUCGAAUCUCAGGUCAAGUCGAUUCGCAUCGAGUUCGAGGCGCAAGUGGCUUCAGCGAAGACGCAACUAGCGCAGGCCCAGUCUUCAUCUGGCGCGGCGACGCAGGCGCUUGAGACUCAACUCGCAUCCAUGCAGUCCGAGCUGCAAGCCACGCAGUUGGAGCUUGAGUCGAAGAGUGCUGCUUUGGAGCAAGCCCAGUCUUCAUCCGGCGCGGCGACGCAGGCGCUUGAGACUCAACUCGCAUCCAUGCAGUCCGAGCUGCAAGCCACGCAGUUGGAGCUUGAGUCGAAGAGUGCUGCUUUGGAGCAAGCCCAGUCUUCAUCCGGCGCGGCGACGCAGGCGCUUGAGACUCAACUCGCAUCCAUGCAGUCCGAGCUGCAAGCCACGCAGUUGGAGCUUGAGUCGAAGAGUGCUGCUUUGGAGCAAGCCCAGUCUUCAUCCGGCGCGGCGACGCAGGCGCUCGAGACUCAACUCGCAUCCAUGCAGUCCGAGCUGCAAGCCACGCAGUUGGAGCUUGAGUCGAAGAGUGCUGCUUUGGAGCAAGCCCAGUCUUCAUCCGGCGCGGCGACGCAGGCGCUCGAGACUCAACUCGCAUCCAUGCAGUCCGAGCUGCAAGCCACGCAGUUGGAGCUUGAGUCGAAGAGUGCUGCUUUGGAGCAAGCCCAGUCUUCAUCCGGCGCGGCGACGCAGGCGCUCGAGACUCAACUCGCAUCCAUGCAGUCCGAGCUGCAAGCCACGCAGUUGGAGCUUGAGUCGAAGAGUGCUGCUUUGGAGCAAGCCCAGUCUUCAUCCGGCGCGGCGACGCAGGCGCUCGAGACUCAACUCGCAUCCAUGCAGUCCGAGCUGCAAGCCACGCAGUUGGAGCUUGAGUCGAAGAGUGCUGCUUUGGAGCAAGCCCAGUCUUCAUCCGGCGCGGCGACGCAGGCGCUUGAGACUCAACUCGCAUCCAUGCAGUCCGAGCUGCAAGCCACGCAGUUGGAGCUUGAGUCGAAGAGUGCUGCUUUGGAGCAAGCCCAGUCUUCAUCCGGCGCGGCGACGCAGGCGCUCGAGACUCAACUCGCAUCCAUGCAGUCCGAGCUGCAAGCCACGCAGUUGGAGCUUGAGUCGAAGAGUGCUGCUUUGGAGCAAGCCCAGUCUUCAUCCGGCGCGGCGACGCAGGCGCUUGAGACUCAACUCGCAUCCAUGCAGUCCGAGCUGCAAGCCACGCAGUUGGAGCUUGAGUCGAAGAGUGCUGCUUUGGAGCAAGCGCAAUCCUCUUUGGUGCAGGCGCGGUCUUCGUCUGGUACAGCCAUCGAAGAGCACUCGAUCACACUGGAGACCCUGAGUGAAGCUGAAGUGCGGCUUGGACAACUUCAAACUGAGCUUGACGAAGCGAACGCCACAACUAGUGCACUUCGAGGUGUGUCAGAUGAGCUCGCCGAGGAGAGAAUUCGAAACGAAGAUUUGCAAGCUCACCUAGUCACGUUGCGUUCUCUUGAAAAGAAGGAGAAAAAGAACGAGGAAGAUAUGAAGGUUGCUAGUGAAGAAAUUGCUCGUCAGAAAGCCGAGAUUGAUCGCCUUCAAACAGAGCUUAACGCCGCACGCAAAAUUCAAUCGCAGGCGGAUGCUUCGCAAGCUCUAGCGGCGCACGAUAUGGAAUCAAGAUUGAAAAAUUUACAGUCCGAGCUUGAGUCGACGAGAGCCACCAUGCAAGAGGUAGAGUCUGCAUCAUCUUCUGAUAAGCAACAGCUCGAAGCUACAAAGGCACGACUCUCAGAACAAAUCGGUGCUAACGAGCGCAUGAGGACUGAGCUGCAAGCGAAGACAGAUGCGCUCACCAGAGCGGAAUCCUCGUCUACUGCGGCUAUGGAGGAGGUGAGCGCUCAGCUAGCCUUUGCUCAGGCCGCACUAAACGCUAAGACCGAAGAACUUGAGCGAGCGAACGACGCUCGCGAGUCGAUGCAGUCCAAACUCAGCGCGCUUCAAGUCGAGCUUCAGACGAAGCAUGAUGCUCUUGAAGUCGCACAAGCUUCGUCGGGAACUGCACAUGAACUCGAGAAGGAAGUUGAAGCUAUCCGUGCAGAACUCGCCGCCGUGCGCGCACAGCUUCUCGCAAAGGAACAGAAACUUGCCUCGUUUGAGGAACAAGCGUCCAGUACGAGGAAUGAACUUCAAGAGAAGCUUGAGAAGAGUCUUAAGCACGCUCGGGAACAGAUACAACUCGUGACAGAGGCAAGCGAAACGAAGCACUCGUCGCUAGCGACUGAUCUAGAGACUCUCAAGGCGAACCUUGCAUCGGCGGAAACGCGGAAUGCGGUCAUGAACGAGGAGCUUCGGUUGACGAACGAGGCGCUAUCUCGUUCAUCCGCCGAGGUGGCCAGUAUUGUACAAAUUCAAACUCAGUUUGAACAGUUGAGCGCGCGUCACAAAGAGAGCGAGGUAGCUAGAGAACAUCUCAAGGAGUCUUUGCGCGUCGCGAACGAGCGCUUGGUCGUCUUAGAGGAGAGGUUGAAGGAAGCCGAAGAGAAUGAUGCGACGACUGCUGAGGCACUUCGCACCGCCAACGAGGAAGCGGCAAAGGCCAAGGAUAACGUCGCCUCCGUCGCCUCCGCGAGCGCCACGCAGUUCGCUCAAGAGCGUCAAAUGAUGAAAAACGCUCUGGGCGAGCUCCAGACCGAGCGCGAUAUCCUGGUGAAGAUGCUUAAGACGUUCCACUCCCAUGGUGUCAUCCACUCAACAAGCGAGACACCCCAGGACUCCGACGCGGGCAGCGCCUCCGACUUCACCAAGCGUUUCACCGAGGCCCCAUCCCUGGCGAGCGUGUUCACGCCUCGCAAACGCGCGCCGUACGUUGACACUUCCGUCCCUCCCUCCCCGGCUUCGCCCAACUAG